GCCACAUCACAGGCGCUCCUACUUCAGUCUGUGACGCUCGGUUCGGGUUUAUUGAGCGCAGCUGAGUGUGCGAUGUCAAGAUACAGUCGGCACGCAGGAGAGACUAAAGUUUAUGUGGGUAACCUGGGCACUGGUGCAGGGAAAGGAGAGCUAGAGCGGGCGUUUGGUUAUUACGGGCCGUUGAGAACUGUGUGGAUUGCUAGAAACCCUCCAGGGUUCGCCUUUGUGGAGUUUGAAGAUCCCAGAGAUGCAGAGGAUGCUGUCCGUGGCCUCGAUGGCAAAGUGAUUUGUGGAACCCAAGUGCGAGUAGAAUUAUCAACAGGGAUGCCGCGCCGUUCGCGUUACGACCGCCCGCCCACCCGCCGCCCCUUUGACCCAAAUGACCGCUGCUACGAGUGCGGUGAGAAGGGGCACUACGCAUACGACUGUCACCGCUACAGCCGCCGCUGGCGAAGCAGAUCUCGCUCUCAUUCACGCUCUUGCGGGAGGAGGUAUUCUCGCUCUCGCUCACGCAGCCGAAGCAGGGGCAGGAGGUCGAGGUCUUUCUCUCCCCGACGCUCUCGCUCUGGCUCGCCCCGGAGGUCCAGGUCUGGUUCUCCCAGGAGGUCCAGAUCAAGAUCCAGAUCCCACUCUCGCUCUGCUUCUCAUCCAAGGAGCAGGUCAGGCUCAGUUGGGAGAUCUAGGUCUGGUUCAGCAACUCGGAGCCGUUCCAAAACUAGAGCUUCACCUCAAAAACAAAGUCGUUCUCCCUCUCGAAGUCCAGGCGGAAGCAAAAGCCCGGAACGAGAUGACUGAGGCUCUUUUUUAACCUUCUCUCUGUCUUUCUCUCCUUUUUUGGAGCACCUCAAUUUGGGAAUGGAGGGUUUCUGCUUUGUUUUAUUUUCUGUUUGUUUACGCAAUUUACAUAAUCAAUGUUUACUGCAGUAUCAGGGUGGGAAAGAAAGAGUAGAAUUGUGUGUCGUUAUAUUCCAGUAGCUGAGAUGCUGAAAAUCUUUUGUGUGGUGUUUUGGUUUGUUUGAAGGGGUGGGGGGGUAGAAAUACAGUUUUAUCACUUAUUUUCUCACUGGGUUGACGUGCAGUAGAUGCAGUGUACAGUACAGAAAUAGAUACUUCGAUUUAUUUUGAGUUUGUUUUCUAAUGUGCAAAUUAAAUUAAUUUAAAACUUCACAAAAAUGA